GUUCACACUCUAUAUUUUCAAUCACAAUCCACAUUAAGGAAUGCACUCCAGAGGGUGGAGAAAUGAUCUAGUGUGGGAAGAUGAAUCUUGUUGACCUUGCUAGUUCAGAGAACAUUUCUCACUCUGGUGCAAGAGAUGUAAGGCUUAGAAAUAGUGUAUUAUAAACCUUGCAGUGCAUUAGGGGAUAAAGCAAAGGAAAAAGAAUAUGCAGUGCUUAUAUGAAUUAUCAGAUAGGGUAAGAAGUUUCAUCUAAUUGAAAUAACUUUCCACUUGCAGGGCAGAGCAAGGGAAGCUGAAGAGAUAAAUAAAAGCUUACUUACUCUUGGUCGUGUCAUAAAUGCUCUAGUUCAGCACUCUGGUCAUAUUCCAUAUAGGUACUAUUUAUAUAUUGUUAACAACUACCUCAGGUUUUGACUGUAUUUGCAAUUAAGCCCCAGAAAGUAAGUUAAUUACUAUGACAUUGUUGAAUAUCAGGGAUAGUAAACUAACAAGAUUACUGAGGGACUCCUUAGGAGGGAAAACAAAGAUAUGCAUAAUAGCUACCAUAUCACCCUCCAUCCAUUGUUUGGAAGAAACAGUCAGCACCUUGGACUAUGCACACCGUGCCAAGAAUAUAAAGAAUAAACCAGAGGUUAAUCAAAAGAUGAUGAAAUCAGCUUUGAUCAAGGAUUUAUAUACUGAAAUUGAUCGUCUCAAGCAAGAGGUAUAUGCUGCAAGAGAGAAGAAUGGUAUCUAUAUACCACGGGAUCGGUAUAUAUUAAGCACCUAAAAAAAGACCUACGAAAUCUUAAUGUCAAAACUUAUCACAAUGGAGCCUCAUUGAAAUAUUAAGCACCUUCUACUGACAAUCAUCAUCUACUAGAAUAAAAAGAAGGAAUUUACAACGUUUUUCAUAUUCCUUAAUUUCUUAGCCACCAAACAAACCAAAGUCACAGAGAAACCACAAACCAUAACAACUCGCACAAACUCUAAAAUCUAAUCAUUCCAUCUAUCUUAUUAUUCAAGUUUAAAGGAAAAGAAUUUCACUUCAGUUAAUAUUACUGAUUUCAAUUAGGCUCUGUCUCAACCUAUGCAAUCCAAUCCAAUACAAACAAUUGAAUCACGCCAAGCUAUGAUUUGACUUUCUCUCGGGAAUCCCAUAAGUUGAGAGUUGUAAAGAAGAUGAGCUAAUCCAAAAUGGAAACAAAAAGGGACGACUUACAAAGCAACAAAACUGUGUUGAGUUGAUAAUCGGCCUCUGGAGUUGAAAUCUCUUCAAAUGCACCGCCGCUGCUGAAAUUAGGGUUUUUUGAAAUGCACCUCCACCCAGAUUAGGGUUCCGGUACGGCCGCGGUUUCGCUAGAGACUCUGUGGUCGCUGGCCGUGGUUUCAAUUGCUCUGUGGUCGCUGGCCGCAGUUUCGCUAGAGACUUGAUAGAUGCUCAGUUUGAGAUCAGUUGAGCUGAGAGACUUGAGAGAAAAAGUCAUAGAGCUCC